AUGGGUGAUUAUAUAUGGAAUAAUACGUAUUCCUUGGAGUUUUUAAGUGAAGAUUUUUAUGAUUUAAAUAUAAGUACAAAAGACAAUUUGUAUGAAAUAAUAAAAAAAAAAAAAGAUGACAAUGAAAUAGAGAGUUUAAGUAUUAAUAUCAGCAAUCACAUUUGCAUGUUUGUUCAUUUAAUAGAUAACUUAUUAAGCAAAAUUAGCUAUAGUAAUAUUACUAUAAAUAAUAACUUAAAUUAUAAAAAAUUAUUUGAUGUAUUUAAUUUUAUCAAAAAUCAAUUAUAUAAUUGUGAUUAUAGUUUGUUUUUGAGAAUUUAUUCUAUUUAUUACACAUAUAAUCAUAGAAAAGAUGGAUAUUUAGACGUGAAUAAUUUGUACACAUUUAUUUUAGAUAUAAUAAAUAAAAUUGAAAAUUUAAAUGAAAAUAAUUUUUUAAUAUUACCAGGAGGUUUUUAUUUACAAAAAGAAAAAAUGUUAAUUAAAAUUUUGUAUAUAAUACAUAAAAAAAAUAAUUUAUAUAGUUUUUCAGUUUUAAAUAAUUCUAUAUAUGGUAUUCAAUACCAUUCAUUUAAAGUUGACGAAACAGAUAAUUUAGGUAUCAUAUUAAGAGAUGUAAUAUUAUGCAUUAAAAAUAUUACAAAGAAUUAUUUAACGAAUUCUUUAUUUUGGUUAUGUUUAUAUCGUUUAUAUAUUUUUCCAAAUCAUGACAAUGUUGAUAUAUUAUAUCAAAUAUUACUACCUUAUUUAAAUAAUUCUUUUUUAACUAACAAUUGGAACCUUUAUGAUAAUAAAACGAUAAAAAUAGAUGAUCAUAAAGUAACAAAAGAUAUGAAUAAUAAUAUCAGUAGAACUUUCAAUAAUAAUAACACGAAUAAUCAAGAACAUACUUACAACUUUAAUAUUUAUAAUGAUUCUACAAAAAAUCCAAUUGAACAAAAUUCAUCAAGCUAUAUGAAUAGCUCUUACAACUUAAAUAAUUUAGAUGAUUUUAGUGGAAGAAAUAACUUAUAUAAUCUUAAUAAUAUAAAUAAUUUAAAUGCAUUCGAAAAUAUAAAUAAUAUAAAAGAUUUUGAUAAUUUGAAUAAUUUUGAUUUUAAGGAAUAUAUAAAUAGCAAUGAUAAAGAGCAGAAUAACACAAAUUACUUUAAUCCAUUUGAUUUCAAUUCAGAUAAGGAUUAUUAUAAUGAGAAAAAAAAUAACAUUUUUAGUAAAAAUAUAAUAGACAUAAAUAAUGAUAAAAAAGUGAAUAAUAAUAUACAAGAUAACAAAACAACAAAAACAAAAGAUGAAGAUGAUAGAUAUGGAGGUAUAUAUGUUAACAUAUAUAAGAGUAAGUUUACAUCUUUUUCAGUGAGUUUAUAUUAUUGUAUUAUAUAUAUGCUUAAAGUUAUGAAUAUCCAAGAAGAGGAUAUUGAGAUAUUUAAAAUUUAUAUUUAUUAUAGUAUUAUUUUAAAAUUGUGUGAUGAUUUAUUAAAAAUUGAUUAUAAAGAAAGAGAGAAAGAUGAAAUAAAUAAUUUAAAGAUUAAUAAUAAUAAUAAUAAUAAUAAUAAUAAUAAUAAUAAUAAUAAUAAUAAUAAUAAUAAUAAUAAUAAUAACAAUAUAAUAAAUCAACAACAUUCUUCUAAUAAAAAUUUUACAAAUUGUAAUCUUAAUAAAAUAGAUCAUGCCUUUUUUGUUUUUCUAGAUAUGAGUAUAAGAAAGAUGUGUAUAUUAUUUCAUUUAUAUUUCUGUAAAAUGAGAAUAGGUAUAUAUGAUAUUAAUAAAAUUAUAAAUAAUAAUAUUUUGAAUGAAAUGAUGAAAAAAAUAUUGUUUAUCAAAUUUAUGUAUAAUAAAAUGGAAUUAAAAUUAUAUUCGGAUUUAACAUUGAACACAGAUGUAAUAAAACAAAGAAAUUAUACUAAUUCUAUUAAGUUUCCGAUAUUUAUUAAAUAUGAAGAAGAAUUAUAUAAAAAUUACAGAAAAGUAGAAAUUAAAAAAGACAUUAAUAUUCCUAUUUCUUUCUAUAUUUCAAAAAGGAUAAUAGAAUCAUUUAAUGAUUUAUAUAUCAUAUUAUACCAAACCAAUUUAAUUACAAGUAUUUUAAUAAAUCAAAAAAGUUACAUUAAACAUUGUUAUUUAUUAGCUUUUUCUUUUAUUAGUCAUGUGUUAAAUAAUAUAUUUCCAUCAACAAGACAUUUCAUUUUUUUAUCCAAAUGUAAAAAAUUAAAAAGAGCUUUACAAAUAGGAAUUUUUAAUGAAAUAUAUCGUUUGUAUAAUAAUAUAUAUUUUAUAUCAUGUUCUUUACGUGAAAAUAAACAAAUAAUAAUGUAUAAAAUUAUCAAUUGUGCGAUUUUAUUAUUUUUAUACGAUUUUCUUUUAAGAGUUCCAUGUACUGACAUAUGUUCUCCCUUUUCUACUCAUUAUAAUGGUUUCACAACAAAAACAAAAUAUUUUAUGAAUAAAGAGAAAGUAAAUAAAAAUAAAUAUAAAAAAAGUAAUAAAAAAAUAAUUAUGAAUGAAAAAGGAAAAUACAGUGAUAGUUGCUAUAAUUCUAAUGAGGAAAAAAAAAUUACAUCAAAUAAAUUAUAUGAUAAAAACAAUUACAUUAAUGAAGAAAUGAAUACUAAAAAUUUAUUAAACGAUAUAAUAUUUGAAGAUAAAACUAAUGACAUUUAUUCAAAAAAAUUACCAAAUUUUUAUGUAUGUGAUAAAGAUGAUAAUUAUUCUUCUUUGGAUGAAUUUGUUCACGAAGCGGAUGAGAAAAUAAAGUUAUCAGGUUAUUGUAUUGAUGUUUCAGUAUUUGAAUGCUUUAGUAAUUUUUUUUUAAUAAUAAAUCCCAAAUUAAAUAUAAUGAGGUCAGACAUUAUUGAAUACUUUUAUAAAGUUAAUGAAAAAAAUAUUGACAAAAACAAUCAAUUGUUUUUAUUUGAAAAAAGCAAUGACAUAAGUAUAUGUGAAAUUGAAAUAUUAGAAAACAUAAGUAUAGAUUUAGGUUUAGAUAGAAAAAAAAAUCAUAUAAUAGAAUAUUAUUGUGGUGAUAAUCAAUUAUUUAAAGAUUUAGUUCCAGAAUUUUAUCAUUUAAGAGAUAUGGUAUUUUUAUUUAAAUCUUUUAUGUGUCCAUAUAUUGAAAAAUUACCUCCAGUCAAAUUAUAUAAAUAUAAUGAUAUAAAUUUAAAAUUUACAUACAAAAAUAAAUUAAACAUUAGUGUUUUUAAUAAAAAAAUUGACAUAUGUGGAUAUUUAUGCCCUCCUAAGAAUUCCAAAUUUAAUUUCUUUUCUUUUAUAUAUCAAUUCAUACAAUCACAUGAAAACAAAAAGGACAAUUAUAUCUUAACAUAUUCUAACCCUAAUAUGUAUACAAAUACUUAUAUUGAAAAUGAAUUAGAUGUUUUAUAUGUAAAUGAUCUUCCUUUUUUUCAUUAUUCUUUAGAUUUAAGAGAUGUAGAAAUUUUACUUCAAUAUUUAACAGUACCAUAUAUUAGAAUACCAUUGAUUUUAGAAUUUUUUUGUGAUAAAAAUAGAAUAAAAAGUUUUCACUGUUUUGAUAUACAACAACUGUUAUUAUGUAUUCUGUUUGAACCUUAUAUAUUUAAAAAUAAAUAUAAAUUAGUACAAGAAGAUAAUUAUAUUCCUUCAAAAGAUAGAAAUAUAUUUGCAACAAAAUAUGGAUUACUAAUUAAUGAAUUAAUUUAUAGUCCCAAAAAUAUACUAUGUAGUAUUUAUUCAUAUCUAGAUUUAUUAUUCAGUUUUGAUAAUGAAAAUAAUAGUAGUGAACAAGUUAUUAUGGUUUUUAUAAUUAUGAUAUGCACAUAUGUCAAUUCUUAUAUAAAAUUACUUGUUGAAACUAAUAAGGAAAUAAGAAAAAAUUUAGCAAAUAUAAAAAAUAUAUUAAUUAAAGGAAAUAUGAUACCACCAGAAAAAUAUGAUCCUAAUACAAAAAAUAAUAAGAAAGCAAAUGAUAACAAAGAAAGAAAAAAAAAAAUUUAUUUUUUAAAUAAACUUAAAAAAAAAUUAAUAAAAAAUGAAUUAUAUUGCUCCGAUAUUGUUUUAUUAAACCUAGAGAAAUAUUAUAAGAAAAUAAAGAAAAAGUUAGAAAAUGAAGUAGUGGAUAUUUUAUUGAGAUAUAUUAAAUUAUCCAUACAAAGGAAUGAUAUAACUACUUCAUGUAUAUAUCAUGGAUGUAUUUUGUUAAUAUAUAGAGACAUAAAAUUCAAAGAAUUAAAUAUGAAUAAUGUUAAAAAUAUAUUAUCUUCAAUAUUUUUUUUAUUAACUUAUUAUAAUUUUAGUGCGGAAACAAAUUAUUCUGAUUUAAAAUAUAUAUAUGGAUUAGGAUCAUUAUUUGUUAAUAAAAAUGAUAACAUUGAUAAGGAGUCAAUUGAAAAAAAUAAAAAAAAAGAGAAACAGAAAAAAGGGUCUCAUAAUGAAAAUGAUGCAUUUUCCUCUAUGAUUAAAACAUUUUCUCUGUGUGAAUGUGACAUUUUUAUAUCAAUACAUAAACAGAGAAAUAUGUUACUGAAGUACUUAGAAUUACAUGAAAUGGAAAGGAAUAUUAUAUUUGAGCAUACUAUUCAUAUGUGUGCUUGUGUUCAUGAUAAUAAUAAAAAUAUGUAUAAUAAAAAUUUAAAUAAAUAUAACUCCAGUAUUUUUUUAAAUUUUCAAUCUAAUGAAAAUAUAAUAAGAAAAUGGUUACCUGCUCAUAAAUUUAAGCAUGUAGGAAUUUACACUAUUGAAAAUAUAAAUGACGAUAAAAAAAGAAAUCAAAUAGAAAAUGAUGAUGUAGAUGAAGAAAUGGGAAAUUACUUAAACAAUUCAAAUUAUUUUACAUCUACUACAUCCUAUGGUGACGAUGAUGAUUUUACCUCUACUGAAGAAAGUGAAGAUGAAGAUGACACAAAUUAUACUAAUUUGAGAGAAGAGAACAAAUCUGAUUAUGAAGAUAUUAAAAAAGAAAAAGGAUCUACAAUUGAAGAAGAAAAAAAUUGUAAUAUAAAAAAUAGUAAUAAAACACUAAUGAAUAAAAAUGAAAGUAUUAAUGAAGAUAUAGAAAAUGAGAAUGUUUCAUCAUUGAAUAAAUUGAAAAAUAGUAAAUUGAAAGAUAUAAAGAAAAAAAAAAAAAAAAGUGGUAAUAAUGGAAUCGUUGGUAAAAUAAGAAGAAAAUUAAAAAAAAAAAAAAGUCAUAAAUAUUCAAUAGAACAUGAAGAUAUUACUAGUAAAAAAGACUUAAAGAGAAGCAAUCCUCUUCAUGACACAGAAUCCAUCAAUUCUAAUUCUAUAAAUCUUUUAAAUUUUCCCGUUUUUUUUAAAAAUAAUAAGAAAAAUUCUUUUACCAUUGAAAAAAAGAAAAGAAAAGAUGAUAGAGCAAAGAAAUACAGUAUUUUAAAUAAUAAUAAGUACAUAGAAUAUAUAAAAAAAAUUAUUAAAGAAGAGAAUAUUUUAAUAAAUUUACAGUUAUUUACAUUUUCAUACAAAGACAACAAUAUUAUUACUCUAAAUGAAAAUAUUAAGAAAUUUAAAAAUUAUAGAGAUGUUUUUAUAUACAAUAAAAGUUAUAUUAACACUAAUAAAAGAAAAAAAUUGCAUAAAAUGAAAAAAAAUGUUAAAGUUUUAAUUACUCAAUCAUAUCAAAAUUUUUGUGCAUUUAAUAUUAUAGGAAAAAAGCAUAAUUUGGAAAUAUGGAGAAAUUCUAAAAAAAUAACUAUUAAAAAUUUGAUGUGCUAUGAGUAUGAUAAAUCAAAAAUAUUUCUAAUCAAAAGUAAUAAUUUUCUAAAUAAUAUAAAAUUUAUUUCUAAUAAAAAUGAAGAAGAUAAUAAUAUUAAUAAUUAUGAUAACACAAAUAUUAAUUUAUUUUAUAAUUUCUUAUCUAGUGAAGUAAAAUAUGGCAUAUUAUAUGAGCAAGAAAAUAAUGAUGUAUAUAUAAGAAUCAUAUGGAAAUAUAAUAUUAAUGAAUUAAGUAAAAAUAUUACGGAAAACACAAAAAGUAAUAAAAGUAAUGUAGAUGAAAAUAAAAUAAAAGCAAAUAUAUUAGAUAAAAAUGAUAACGUAAAUAAAAAUAAGGGUUAUAAUGAUAUAAAAUCUUUUAAUAUAAACUAUGAAACUCAAAAUAUUGAGGGUUUGUUUAACUUUAAAUAUGAAGAAAAUCAAUAUGAUAGUAGUUUAAUUAAUAAUACGGAGGAAUCUUCUUUUAGUGAUAUAAUGAAAGAAAUAUCUGAUGAAAAUAUGGAUGAAAAAAAAAGUGAAAAAUCUUCCAAAUCAUAUAGUUGUACAUCAUUAUCUAAUUUAAGUUUAGAAAAUAAUUCUAAUAUAGAGGAAUCAAUAAAUUCAAAUCAAAAAGAGCUUCUAAAUAAUAAGAUGAAUAGAACAAGUGAAAAAGAAUACAAAAAAAAUAAUAAACUUAAUAGUAAUAUAUCAAUGUAUGCUAGUGAUGAUUUAGAUAAAAAAGAAAAAGAAAAAAAAAAGAAAAGAAAAAAUAGUACUAAAUUAGAAGUAUAUGGAUUAAGAGAAAUAAUAUAUCGUAAAGAUAUUAAUUGCAUAUACAUAUAUGACAUAUAUUUUUCUAUUAAUAGAUUUAUAAAAAAAUUGUAUUAUUGUAGUGAUGUAAAAAAAACUUAUUUUUCUACAAGUAUAAAUAGAUGCAAAAAUUUAUAUUAUCACUUUGAAAAUAACAAUGUGCGUCUUUGCUAUUAUAACAAUAAAGAUAUAUAUGAAAAGUAUAAUGUUAGUAUAUGCAGAAAUAUUUAUAAUAAUAUUCAAGUUCAAACAUAUCUUAAUCCACAUUAUUUAUCAACAUUUAUACCAAAUAUAUUAUUACAAUAUUACAAUUUUUGGUAUAAUACCAAUAAUAGUUUAAUAGGAGAGAUAAAAAAUACUAAAAAAAACAAAAAAAAUAAAAAUUCAAUUAUUUAUAUAAAAAUUUUUGAUGAUAAAGAGGAAUAUGAUGACCAAUUUAAUAAAAAAAGUAGUAGCUUAAAUAUUAUAAAAAAUGGAUUAAAUAAAAAUGAAAAGAAAUCAAAAUAUAUUUCUCAAUAUGGUAUUAUUCAAAAAUUUAAUAUUUUGAAUACACCUAAAAACUCUAAUAAAAUAACUUCAUUAAAAAUCAAUGAAGAAUUUAAGGCAUUAACAAUUAUCAAUAUUUUAAGUUACGAAAAUAAUGAUAUAUAUAAAGAUUUUUAUAAUAUAUUAAUUAAAUUCGACCACAUUACAAAUAUAUUAAUUUAUACAUUAAGUAUACCAUCUCUAUUUGAUAAUAAUAGUUUUUCAUCACCCUAUAAUAGUAAAAAAAAUCCAUAUGAUAUUAAUAAAACAUGUAUCACAGUAGAUUUAAUUGAAAUUCCAAGAUUGAAUUUAACAAUAAAAAGAAAUAAUAUAGAUAUAAAAAUGAAUAAUAAAGAAAAAGUAUAUAAUGAUACUCUUAAUAAUAAUAAUAAUAAUAGUGAUAAAAAGGAUGUGUGUAAAUAUUAUUUUGAAGAAUUAAAUAUGUACUUAUAUCAUGGAAAUAUCCAAAAAUAUACAUAUAUUUAUAAUGUUAUUAAAAAAAUGAAUAACACUAUUUUAUUACAAAAUAGUAAGAAUGAUUUUUUUUUCUUAGUUUCUUUGUUGAAUAAACCCUUUUUCUUAAAUAUAUCUAAUUUAUAUAAAGAAUUUAACAAUAAAAAUAUACAUUUGUGUACAUUAUUAGAAAAACAUAUUAAUGUACUUCUAAAAAAUUAUAUGUAUGUAACAAUAUAUUAUCAUAAUUUUAAUAUUAAUACAGAUAUAAAUAAAAAUGUUGAUAUAUUUAAUGAAAAUAAUAUACACAAUGAUUCUUGUUCUUUGCAAUAUAUUAUUUUGUCUAUUCACAGUUCUAAGUUAUUUUUAAAUUUUAGAAACUUAUAUAGUUGCUUUUUUUUUAUUGUAUACAAAUAUUUAAAUAAGGAUCACGAAGAAGUAAUAGAAUAUUGUAACAAUUUAAGUAUAUGUAAGGAAGAUAUAAAAGAAAUAAAAUACUUAUUAAAUAUAUUAAAUUACUGUGAUUAUACUAUAUAUUCAGAUGUGGAUUCUUGCGCCUGUAGAUUAAAAAUAUUUUUAACAUUAUCUAAACAAAUUAAAAUAACUCUUCGAAAAAAGAAGCAUAGAUUAAAUACUAAAAAAAAAUUGUGGAAUAUUAACAAUUAUUAUAACAUCUUUAAUUAUGUAAAGUCAUUAUGGAAUAUAGAUAAAAAUAAUGAAAAUGAUGAAUCAAGUAGUAAUAAUUUAUAUAAUAGUAAUGAUAAUAAUUGUAACAAAAAGCAUGUAUCAAAUAACAAAUUAACAAAAGAUUCAAAAAAAAAGGAGAUUAAUAGUAAUAAUAGCAAUAGUAGUGAUAGUUAUAGUUACUACUCUUCUUCUAAUAGUUCAUCAUCAUUUGAUAGUAAUUAUGUAUCAUCAGAAAAAGAAAAUAAAAAAAAAGAAUUAAAUGUACAAGAAAAAAUUAAUGAAGAUAACGAAUCUAAUACCAAAAAAAAAAAUAAAAAUAAAAAAAAAAAACAAAAAAAAAAACAGUAUGAACAUAAUAAUAAAAAAAUACAUAUGGAAAACAAACUCGAAGAAGAACUAGAUAAUAUUGAAAUUAUUAUUUAUUGGGAUAUUCUUAAAGAUAUAUCAUUUUAUAUAAAUAAUUUAAUUUAUGUUAAGGCAAAAUGCAAAUUAACUAUUGAUGAGGAAAUUUUUUUAUAUCAAAAUUGCAAUAUUAAUAUACAUAAAUAUAAAAUAAUAUAUAAUAGGUUCAUAAUAUUAAAUAGCAUACUGGAAUCAAAAAAAGUAUGUGAUAAUUGUAAUCUCCUUUUCUUCUAUAAUAUUUUAAAAAUGAAACAAUUAGAAAAUCAAAACAAAAUAAAAAAUUAUAAAAUAGAAUAUAAAAAAAAAAAAAUAUUUGAAAAUAAUGAUCCUCUUAAAUUAGAAAUACAAGAAAAUAAAACAAAUAGCAGUUAUAAAAAUAUAUUAAAUUUUGAAAAAGUAAAAAAUAAUUUCAAAAAUAUGAAAGAUAUUUUUAUUAAUAAAGAAGACAAAAGUAUAAAGAAAGAUUCUAUAGUUGUAUCUAUUAAUAUUCCCAAAAUUGAAACAGUAAAAUAUAUUAAUAAUAUAGAUGAAAAUAUAUUUAUGAAUAUAAACUUAUAUGAUAGUAUAGGAAAUAUAAUAAACAAUAUGAGUUAUAAAAAAUUAGAAGAUAAAAAUAAUGUAGAUGCAUUGAAUUAUUUAAAUGCAUUAAUAAAUGGUUUGGGAAUACAAAAUUUUUUCAUUAUAUAUAAUUAUUUUAUUAAUAAUCUAAAUAUAAAAAUAAUUAAAGGAGAAAAUACAUUUUUAUAUGCAAAUUUAUUAGCAAGAUACUUAUAUUUUUAUAAUUAUAAUAUAAGUCAAUAUAGUAAAAUUAUAUAUAUAUUUAUUUUUAUUAUAAAUCAUCAAGAAAUAGUGAGUAGAUUACCAAAAAUAGAUGAUCAAAAAAUGAAAAAAAAUUAUUUAAAUUUUUUUAAGACGAAUGAUGCUGUUUUUAACUUCUUCAAUGAUAUUUUUAAAUUUGUUCAAAAUUUUCAAAAGGAAAAAAAUAAAAAUAUAAACAAAAACAUCAUUCCAUUAACUGUGAAUAAUAAUAUUAACAUUUUUGUUUCAAAUGUAUUUAUGUAUCGUCUAAUAAUUAAUAUUAAUGUGGAUGAUUAUUUAUGUGAAAAAAGAAUUAUAUAUCCAUUCAAAAUUAAAAAUAAUGUAAAUGUUGACUAUGAAUUAUUAAAUGAAUUAUGUUUUAGUCCCUUCAAAAAACUGUAUAAAUACUUAAGAAAAAUAAAACAUUGUGAUGGAGAUAUUACAACAUGUAAUAAUAAUAAUUAUUAUAAUAGUAAUAGUAAUGAUAAAAAUGAAAAUAUUCAAAAUAUGAAUUUUGAAAACACUACAAGAAACUAUAAUUCAUUGAAAACAAAAAAUGUUUUAAAUUUUGAAUUUGAAGAAAAUAAUUUGUCUUGUCAAAAUACAUAUUCAAAAAAUUUUAUAAAAAAUAUGAAAAAUGAUUAUAAUAGAUAUUUAGAAUACGAAAAAAAAAAAAUGGAUUAUGAAUUUAUUGGUUUCAAUUCGAAAGAGAUAAAAAUGACUUUUAGUAGUAUUAAAAAACUAAAAGAAUAUGUAAAUAUGUUUGUAAGUAUAAAAGAUAUAUUAUUAGAAAUAUUUAUAGGAGAUAAUAAAUUACUAGAAUGUAUAAAUGAAUUUAUUGAAGGAAGAGAAAAUAUAAAUAAUAAUUUAGUAUAUAAGGAAAAAGGUGAAUUUCAGAAAGAAGAGAAAGAAAAAGAAGUUUUUUUAAUAAAUAAUAGUCAAGAGAAAGAUAAAAAUAGAAGUGAUAAUAAUAACAGCAUUAUUAAUUAUUAUAAUAAUAAUAUGAAGGAUAUAAGUAAUUUAUGCGAAAAUGUUGCUAAUAUUAAAGAAAAUACUUGUAAUGAAGAUAAAUAUGAGUUUGCUGAUUAUUAUUUAUAUAAAUUCGGAAUAUUGGGUAAAGUUGAAAAAGAAAUAAAUUUGAAAAUUUUAAUAAGUUGCUUUAUGUCAAAAUUUGCAUAUGAAUAUUUAAUUAUGAUAAACCCAACCUUAAAAAAGGAGAAUUCUGAAAAGUACAUUAAUAUUGUUUUAUUAUACAUGUUAAUAAUGAAUAGAAAAAAUUUUUUACAUGAUUGCAUUAGCAGUGUUAUAAAUAUUUUAAAUAUAUUUAAAAUUUAUAAUAUAAAAUUGAAACAUUUGAAACAAAAAGAGAAAACUAUGAAAUCCAACAUUAACCACAACGAAAAUUUAUUAAACAAAAUUUUAAAUAAACAACAAAAAAUAAUAAAUAAAGCUAUUAUUACGAUUCAGCUAGGAAUAAAAAAAUUAACACAGUUAACAUUAACAGAAAGGCACUACUUUACAUUAAGGAAUAAGAGUACCAAUAAAAAAAUUUUAUAUAAAGAUUUACUUUAUAACUCAGAUUCCUCUGAUAUAUCUACAUGUUAUUUUUCAAGUGAUUAUAAUGAAGAAAAAAAAUACAUAAAUUUUAAGACAGAAAUCCAAAAUGAAAAUGAAAAAAAUGCAAAUAUGGAAAAUAAUUUUGAUAAAUUUAAUUUCACUGAAAUAAAUAAAAAUGAACAGUUCUCUUCCUCAAAAGAAGAAAGUUAUUACUAUACCUAUGAUCCAAGAUUAUUAAUAUUUGAAUAUACAAACAAUUUAAUUAUAAGAAAAAAACAAGUUAAAAUGAUAAAAAAAUUAAAAAGAGAUUUUCUAAAAAAAAAAAAACAAUACUGUUAUCAAAUAAUAAUGGGAGGAGGAAAAACAACUGUGUUGUCUCCCUUAUUUUUUCUAAUUUUUUCAAAUUAUUUCCUCAUAUUUAAUAUGUGUCCUCAACCAUUAAUUCACUUUACUACUAAUAUAUUCCGUUCAAGAUUUUCUUCUAUUAUUAAAAAAAAUAUUUUUUAUUUCAAUUUUAGUCGUUAUAAUAAUAUUACAACAGAUUUAUAUAUUAGUUUAUGCAGUGCAUUAGAAAAUAAAUAUAUAUUAGUGACAAGUCCAACUUGUAUCAAAUCCCUGUUUUUAAAAUUAGUUUAUACAAUUCAAGAAUUAAAUAAUAUUAAAACAUUUGACAUUAUAAAACAAAAAGCUAAAACUCAUAUCACUGAUGCUUUAACAAAAUUUUUAGGUUUUCAAAAUGAGGAUCAUACUUUGAAUAUAACAAAUACAAAUUCUAUAAAGAAAACAAAUACAUCCAUGUCAACAAAAUAUACAAAAAGUGGAAAUCAUUAUAUAAUUGAUUAUAAUUUAUUGAAAAAACAACUAGAUUUAUCAUUAAGAAUAUUUGAUAUAUUAAAUAAAAGUAUUUUAUUAAUUGAUGAAAUAGAUAAUGUUUUACAUCCAUUAAAAAGCGAACUUCAUUGGCCAUAUGGUCUAAAUAGAGAUAUAGACUUAGUUAAUGUUGUAAGAAAUUUCACUGAUGUUUUCAUGAACAAUCCUUAUUUAAAAUUUUUAUAUGAUAAAAAAGAUGAAAAUGUAGAUAUAAAAAAUGUCAAAAUUUCUAUUAUGAAUAACAAUUAUACCGAUAGCAAUAUAGCCAACCACAUAAAAUAUUUAAAAGAAGAAGAAGAAAGAAAAAAAAUUAAAAAUUAUGAUAUUGAUGAUGAAAAUAUCUAUAAUAAAGAUAAAAGAAAAAAAAAAAAUUCUGAAAAUUUUAAUGCUACCCUAACUUCGCAAUUAUACAAAAAAGAAGAAAUUACAGAUUAUAAUAAUAAUAAUUAUAAUAAAAUGGCAACUAAAAAUGUUCAACUUAAAAAAUUAAAUAAUCCUGGAGCCAAUAUAUCCUUUUUUCAUAUAGAUUUAAGCUUAUUUAGAUAUAAAUUAAGUUGGAUAUUAAUUGAUUUCUUUUUUUAUCCUAUUUGUAAAAAAUUAACUAUACCCAUGAACAUUUCUUUUAAUACCAAUACAGAUUAUAUAGAAAAUUUAUUACACAGUUUUAAUGAAGAAGUACAAAAAGGUUUAAAAAAUCAUGACAUUUCUCUAAUACCUCAUUUUCAUAUUAUUAAUUUUAAGUGGUAUGAUAAUAUUAUAUGGAUAAUAGCGAGGUAUGUUUAUUAUUUUUUGUUAUCUUAUAAAUUUACUGGAAUAUCUCAAAAGGUUGCAGAAUCAUAUCUAUGCAUUCCUCUGUGUAUUGGAUAUAAUGAUAUAAAUAUAAAAAGUAAAACAAAAGAAAAAAAUUUAAGUAAUUCUACCAUAAGAAGAUUGCUAAAUAUUAGAAAAAUAAAUAAUAAUAAUUAUAACACUGAAAUAAAUAACUUGAAUAAAGAGGAUCUUCAUAUAUUAUCAAGUGAUUACCAUUCAAAGAUUUUUGAAAAAAUUAAUGAAUUAGAUUAUAUAUUUUGUAAAAUGCUAAAUCUCUCCCGUUUAUAUAUAAAUGGUAUAUUGCCUUUUGUAUUUUCGAAAAUAAAUACAGUUCAUUAUGGUAUUUUAUCAGUAGAACAAAUAAAUAAAUGUAAAGUAUUAAUGAGUAGAAGUAGAUAUUUUCUAGCUGUUCCAUAUAUAGGAAAGGAUACUCCUUCAAGCAUGUCAGAAUACACUAAUGUUGAUGUGGUUGUUUCUUUAACUAUUUUAUCUUAUAGAUAUCAAGGUAUGAGAUAUUUUGAUUUUAUACUUACUCUUAAAAAUAUUUUAUAUAAUUAUUCUUUAGAAAAAGAUUAUCAACAUAUUCAAAGUGAAUCUGAAGAUUUUUCCUUUUAUUCUGAAUCAUCGAAGGAAACAGACAAUGAAAAAAAAGAAAAAGAAAAAAAAUCCUCAAGUAUCUUAAAAUCAAGUGAUGAUUCAACAGAUUCUACAUGUACAACUACUAGUUUUAUUGAAGACCAAAGUUCAUUAUCAAUCGACAUGUUAAAAAGUGAUAAAUCUAAUAGUGAUAAUAACAAUAAAAUAAAUAUAGAGAAACAAACUCAAAAUAAUAUGAAAAAUUUAAAUAAAAAUGAAAGCAUAAACAACUUAGAGGAAACAGAUAAUAAAAAUAUAUUUAAUGAACAAAUUAUUAUGGAAAAAAACAAGAUAAAUGAAUACAACAUCAAAAACAUGGAAAAUCAUGAAAAUAAAGAGAAGAAAAGAAAACAAAAAAAAAAUAAAAGAAAAUCGAGAGAUGGAAGAAAUGAAAUUAAAAAUAUGCAUUAUUUAUAUAAAGAAAUAAUAGAAUCUAGUGGAGCAAAAAUUAAAAGAAUGAAAAAAGAUAUUAACAAUACUAAUUUCUUUUUAUAUGACAAUAAUAUAAAAAGAAAAACAGAAAAAAAAAAAAGAAAAAAGGGUAAUUAUGUAGAUAGUAUUGACAAAAUAAAUAUAAAUGAUAAUGAAACUUUGUACGACUUGUAUAAUUUAACGCGCAAAAACCCUUUAUUAAUCAGCUAUUUUUUAUUAAGCAUUAUAUUAGAAAAGCAUAUAAAACAUACAGAAAAACAAUUAUCUUCUAAUUCUCAAGAUUUAACUAAUAAUAUUUUAUUUAAAUAUGUAUUAGGUUAUAGUGGUACAAGUAAUGAUAUAUUACCUGAAGAAAUACAUAAAUGUAAAUAUGAAAAGAAAACAGUAGGAUCAAUUUUAAAUAUUAUAAAUGAUACAAACAUAGUGAAUUUUAUUUUUUUACCAUCUAAAAUAUCUCCUAUUGAAAUAUUGAAAAGUUUAGCUUAUUCUAAAAUUAAAUUUAACAGUUUGAUUGAUUCAGGUUAUUUAAUAAAUAAUAUUUCACCAAAAAAAGUUGCUUAUUAUAUUUUGCAAUUUCUAGAUUAUAUUGAUUGUUGUAUAUACAUAGAUAACGGAAAACAUAUGUGUAUGCUACCAAUGGAAAAAAAUAGAAGAAAAAAACAUAAAAAUCAUAAAAAACAUAUACAAUUUUAUGUUAAUGAAAAAGAAAAGAAGAGUGCUAAUUUUACUGAGAUAAAUAAUAGUAAUGAAAUUUCUUUGGAUAAAGUAAAAAAACAUAAAAAAAAAUCAAUAAAAAAUUCCAAAAGUAAGAAAUGCAGAGAUAAAGCAGAAAACUAUUUUAACUUUAAUGUUGAAAUUAUUCCUCUUCAAGAUUGUUAUGUUCCCAUUAAAAAGAGAUUUAUUUAUUUUGAUCAUAUAAACACCUUUGGACAAGAUAUAAAACAAUAUGUAAAUGCAAAUAGUUUAGUUACUGUUAAUAUUGGUAAUGAUAUAUCUUCUUUCAGUCAAGGUGUUUUUCGAUUAAGAUCCAUAGGAAUGAAUCAAAAAAUAUUUUUUUUGAUUCCUUUGUGCCUGAUUAAGUUAAUGAAUAUUAAUACUAACUUAUUUAAAGAUAUUAUUUAUUCUUAUUUUUACAAUGAUAAUAUACAAUUUAAAAAAAAUGGUAACCACAAAAAUUUAACAUGUGAUGAAGAAUUAAAUGAAAAAAAUAUUUUUAAAAGAUUUAAAAAGGAAAAAAAAAAAUUUAUUGAGGCAUGUAAUAAAAAUUAUAGUGAAGAUAGUCAUACAGAAUCAGAAAAUAAUAAUAGUGUUGUUAUUAGCAGUAGUAAUAGUAGUGAUUAUGAUGAUUAUGAAGAUGACGAUGAAGAUAAAAAUCGUUAUAAUAUUAAGAACAAAAUAAUGAGAGAAAACUUAAAAAAUUUUAACUUAAGUAAUGAAAAUGAAGAAUAUGUAUAUUUAAUUGAUUGUUAUAAUAGUAUAUAUUUAGAUGAAAGUACAAAAGAGAAUGUACUAAAAGAAUUAACACAUUAUUUAAUUUUAAAUAAUAUAAAUAACAAUAUAAAACAAUGUGAACUUUUAUGUGUGCAUGGUGUUGUAAAUAUUAUUAAAAAAAAAAGUAUUAAAAUGUUAAUUGACAAUUAUAUAAAUAUUGGUGUUUUAAAUUAUAAAGAUUAUUUAGAUAUAUUUAAUACGAGUAUAGAUUUUGACAUUCAAAUACAAGUUCCGUCAAAAAAUAACUCCCUAUUAUGUAUUGUUCAAUUAAUUGAAAAAUUUCAAAAUAUUUUUGAUGAUGAAGAUGAAUUAUAUCUACAAAAUAUAUUAUAUCGAUAUUUUUGUUUACACUAUGAUUUUUCUAAUAAAACUAUUUUUAUGUAUUUUGAUGCCUUUUUUCCACGUAAGGAUUUUACAAAAGGCAAUUGUUCUCAAAUUAUAUUGGAUCUUUUUGAAAAACUAAAAAAAAUUAAAAAAGAUAACACCUUACUUAAUAAAAAGUUUUUUACAAAUGCUAAUGAAGAUAAUGGUGAUGAUGAUAAUACUAUUGAUAGUCAUUUAUUUAGUUUAGAAAAUGAGCAAGAAAAAGAAAAAGAAAAGGAGAAAGAAAAGGAAAAGGAAAAAGAAAAAGAAAAGGAAAAGGAAAAAGAAAAGGAAAAAGAAAAAGAAGAAGAAAAAAUCCCAGAUGAUCCAAAAAAAAAAAAUAUAAAAUAUAAAAAAGAGGAAUAUAAAUUAUAUAGAUGGACAAUUGAUGAUAUAAACGCAGAUUUAUUUGAAACAAAAAAAAAAGUUAAUAAAAAAAACGAAGAUUUAAGUAAGCCUUUUGUAUUAAUAAAUAAUAAAAUAACGGACACAAUUAUGAAAAUGAAAGAUGAUCCAUUGUUUAUUCCAUUGAAUAAAGUAUGUGUUAAUGAUAUUUAUUUAAAUUUUCCUUCGUAUGUUUAUGUAUCAAAAAAUUUUAUUAAUUCAGAAGGAAUUAAUACAAAAAAAGUUAAGAAAUUAAAAAAUGUCUUAGUUGUGUUAGAAUGUAUAUAUAAUGAAAAUAAAGAUAAUGUAAAUUUUUAUGAGAAUAAUAAUUAUGAUUUACAUUCAGAAAAAGAAAUUUUAAAAAAUAUAUGGAAUAUAUUAAAUGAAGACAAUAUAGAUGAAAUAUUAAGUAUUUUGGACAUCAAUCCCUUUAAAUAUUCUUAUGAUUUAGCUAAAAUAAUAAAUGAUUAUAUGGAUAAAAAUAAAAAUAAAAAUACAAAUUUCAAUAAUUUUACAAAUAUAUUAAAUAAGUUAGAACUGUAUUUUAGUAAUAGAAAUAAAAAAUAUAUUAUUGUUAAUUUGCAAGAAGCGGAAACAUUGAGGUAUUAUAUUCAUAAAAGAUAUAAUAGUGAAAAAAUAAUGGAUGCUUUUUCAACAGGAAUUGUUUCAUCUGUUAAGGAAAACAAGAUAAAUAAUUCUUUAAAUAAAAAUAUAGCAAAAAUAGAUAAUAAUACAUUAAAUCAAAUCAACAACAUAAAUUAUAUAAAUUGUCACGAUGAAUUAAAUACAUUUAAGUCAUUUAAUGAGAGCAAUUCAAACAAUAACUUAAAUGAUAAUUUAAAUAUAUUUGAUAUUUUUGAUCACAAUAAUUUAAAUAAUAAUAAUAGUGAAGUAAAUAAUUUAAGUUAUGAAAUGGAUGGAUGCAUAAAAGAAGAAAUAUCACAAGGAAAUGUACUAAAUGAUAAUUGGGAGUUGAAUAAUGAUAUUUCAAGUAUCAUUUUAGAAUUUAAUGAAUCCAAAACGGAUAAAAUGAAUACUUUUAAUUUACAUGAAUUAGAAAAAGAAAAAAAGAAAAUUGAUGAAUUAACAGAUCACAACAAAUUAAAUACUAUUAAUGUUAGAAAUGACAAAUUAAAUGUAUGUGAAAAGGAAAAAGAAGAAAACUAUGAAAAAAAUGAAAACAGACAAGAUAUUAAUUUAUUUUCCGAUAUAAAUAUAAAUAUAUAUAAUUACCAUUUUUGGUUUACUCCUAUUGAAAUUACUGACAGUAAUAAUUUAAGAAAAUACUUAUCUAGGCAAACACAAAUCGUUUACAGUGUUUGCAAAUUUUUUAAUUCAGACAGAAAAUUUAUUGAUUCUCAUGUUAAUUUGCUGUUGCAAUAUUUGAAUUUUAAUUCUCCUCAAGAUCGAUUUAACUUUUUUAAUGAAUUAUAUUUAUUAAGAAGAAUUGUAAAAGAAAAUUUAAAUAAAAACUACAAAAGUCUAGAAAAAAAUGUUAUAAUUCCUAAAAAAAUUGAAUUCGAAAUAGUAGAAAAGAAACUUUUUGAAGGAAAUGGUGAUAUUUAUGCAUUUAAAGUUAUGCAGCAAAAAGUAAAACAAAGUUUAAAAAAAAAACAGUUAACUAUACAAGAAAUAUUCGAUAAAGAUUUAGAUUAUAUUUGUAGCACACAAGAUAUUAAAAUUCUUUUUGACUAUUUAAAUUUAAAUGAUAAAAAUUUGGUCAAGGUACUCUAUGAUAUUUUAGGAGUAAACAUUACCCUUCAAGAAUUGUGUUUUUCACUAAACCCAAUAGAAAAUAUAAAAAAAUCAGAAUAUCAGAAAGAUUUAUAUGUUGAUGACAAAAAAAAUUGUGUAGCUGAUUUUAUAAAAUAUUUAGAAAAAUGUUUGAAAAAUUUCAAAUUUUCAAUUACAGAUCAUUCUCAUUUUAAAUUAGUUUGGUCAGGUAAGAUAAUAAAUCAAAGAAUUAUUCAGGAAACAACAGAUAAGGAAACCAAUUUUAUGAAUAAUGAAAAAAGAGCAUGUACAGAGAAUUAUGAUUAUAAUAAAAAUAUUAACGAUCAAGAAAUUUUUAAAAAAUCUUCAGCGAACGAUUUAUUAAGUGACAUUUUUGGAUUCAACAAAUCAUAUAGAAACGAGUCACACAAUUUACAAGAAGAUAUAAAGCAACCAUUAAAUAAUUCGGAUCAAUUUUAUAUUUAUGAAGCAGAAAAUAUUGAACCAAAAGAUAGGGGAAUGAUGAGUAAAAAUAAACAUAAAAUUACUACUGGUCAUUAUGCUUCAAAUAAAAUAUACGAAAAUACUUUUCCAAUACUCGAAAUGACAGAUACCUCUAUAAAUAGUAUUUAUACAAGUACUUCAGCACAAGAAAUUCUUAACACUUUUUUUCCUUACCCAAAAAAAUAUCUUUUAUUAUGGCAUGAAGAUUAUUCAAUUAAAAAUCCAAAUGAAUGUCUUCAUAUAUGGAAACCCGUUUUAUCAUCUUUCAAUUCUUCAAAUACAAUUUUUUUAGGAUUUAUAGCAACAGUUGGUCCGCAUAAACCACCUUUGAAUAAAAUUAGAGCUAUACCAAAAGCGUUAAUUAAAAUUGUACAAAAUAAAAAAUAUUCAACAUUUUACUUUGACAAUAGCUUUUGUAUCGAUAAUUCAGGAAUUUUUAAUUCAUUAAAUAUUCAUCCCUUCAAUGGAUUAGACAAUACAAAUUACGAAGAAUUUUUAUUUAAAAGUUUUUCUUUAAAUGUUAUUCCUAAAAUUAAAAAAAUAAAAUCAGUUAAUGAAGACAUUUUCAAUUUAUGGGGAGACGAAAAGCAGCAUGUUAGUGAAGAUGAUGAUGAAUCAUCUGAAUGGGAAGUAUUACCUCAAGGAUUUUAA